UUGUGUGGGAAUUCACACAACGCUCGAAGUUAUGUGGGAGUUUAUACGGCACUCUAAGCCGUGUGUUAAUCCUUGUGUUCAAUUGGUGUAUGUUCUUUUAUUACUCUCAAUAAGAGAAGGAAGGCAGGAAGCAUCACAGAUUUCUAGGCAUCUGCUUUUCACGCUGCACUACUUUUAUAUCUGUUGACGUAUCUGCAUUUAUGUUUGUCAUUGAUACACUGUAGAUUUUGUUAGCCAUUUUACUAUUAGAAUUGAUUGUUUGUAUAUACACAUCUUGAGCUUUGAGAAAAAUAAUUGAGGGGGAACAGACCUGGUAACCAAUAUGUCGUUUUCUCUAAGUUGUAGAAUAAUUUUUGAAUUUGUCAAAUGUUGGGGUGUUUGUGUGUAAAAGCUUCAGUUCUGUGAUGAAAUUUUUUAACUUUGAGUUUCUGGGUAUGGUGAUAUCAUUUGUAGUCGAGUGUCAGGGCAACGAGGAAAGAUAAGCCACGUGGUCGUCAUUCGACUCUGACUCAACAGAAGAAGCAAGAGAUUAAGGAAGCUUUUGAACUUUUUGACACUGAUGGCUCAGGGACUAUUGAUGCCAAGGAGUUGAAUGUUGCAAUGAGGGCUCCGGGUUUUGAGAUGACAGAAGAGCAAAUCACUCAAAUGAUUGCGGAUGUGGACAAAGAUGGCAGUGGUGCCAUUGACUUUGAUGAGUUUUAUCACAUGAUGACUGCUAAAAUUGGGGAAAGGGACACUAAGGAGGAGCUGAUGAAAGCAUUUCGGAUAAUCGACAAAGAUAAAAAUGGAAUGAUAUCCUAUGGAGAUGUUCGAGGUAUUGCAAGUGAAUUGGGAGAACACUUCACUGAAAGGAAGAUCCAAGAGAUGAUUGAAGAAGCAGACAGAGAUGGUGACGGGCAAGUCAGCAUUGAGGAUUUCCUUAGAAUGAUGAAGAGAACUUCGUAUGCAUACUGAAGCUGAACCAUGCUUAUCUGCGUCAUUGUUACUCUAAUCUGCACUGCAAGCUGCUGCUGGUUUGAUUCAAAUGCUUAUGCUGAGCUUAGCAUAUCUAUUUAGUCUCCUCCUAGAGUGUUUAUCUGUGUACUCUUUUCUCUUUAUCUAAAUCCAGCCAUUUGUGAUAGCAGACUUUACAUGGCUAUGUAAUACUCUCUAAUUCAAUUGUUCCCUUUUCAUUUC